AUGGUCUCCCUCCUCUCCUCCCCCUCCCCGCUCUACGAAGCUCUCUCUUAUGUCUGGGGCGACCUUUUCGAUCCCCAAUCCAUCACCCUAAACGGCCACCCCUUUUACGUAACCUCGGCGCUCAAUACAGCCCUGCUGCACCUCCGCUCCCGGACUGAAGAGCGGCGUUUCUGGGUCGACGCGCUGUGCAUCAAUCAGGCCGAUGUCGAGGAGCGGAACGAGCAGGUGCGGAUGAUGGGGAGGAUUUACGCGGGGGCGAGGAGGGUGUUGGUGUGGUUGGGAGCGCCGGAGGAGGAUGGGAGAGAUGAGGAGGCGUUUGAGGCGUUGAGGGGUGUGGUGCAGUGGAAGGGGUUGGGGGUGGAGGCGCGGAAGAUGGAGGAGCUGUUCGGGUGGUUUUUUGGGGUCAUGGAGAGGCCGUGGUUUCGGCGCAUGUGGAUCAUGCAGGAGUUGGCUUUGGCUAGUCAAGAGGUGCGGGUGGGGUGUGGGAGGUGGUGGGUGGAUUGGGAAACUUUUGUGGGAGCAUGGAAGGUGCUGGCUAGGACGGAGUUUGAGAUGGGGUUCAAGGAGCAGGUUGUUAGGAGGCAUGGAGGAGAGGGUCUUGAUGGCGGGGAGGUGGAGGUGUUGAUGAAGGUGAAGCUCGACCUCCUUGAUGACCUUCGAAGGGUUGUGGUGGAGCACGGGGGUCAGAGUUUGAGGCAGCUGCUGCUCAUUUCGCGCAGCUCGCAGGCGACGGAGCCGCGGGAUAGGGUGUACGCGCUGCGCGGCAUGAUGCGCGAAGAGGAUAGGGACGCCAUUGUCGUGGACUAUCGUAAGAGCAUCCCCGUCGUCUUUGCCGAAGCGGUCGCCCACGUCUUCGACAAGAGUCAGGGUCCAUAUUUCCUCUCCGGCUUGCUUCUUCCAGGCCCCGAUUCAGAGAGCGGCUUCCCUUCCUGGGUUCCGGACUUUACUGCCCAGGUGGCAUACGAAGCGGGCCGACCGGGACCUCUUGCUCUACACCCGAGACAGGGUACAUCCGCAUCAGGGGGAGGAUUCGACUGUGUCAAUGGAGAGGUUCUGGAAGAUAUGAAGACGCUCAAGAUUGAGGGAUUGUUUCUCGACAUCGUCGAAGAUGUGCUGGUGUUUGACAGAACGUUUGAGGGCUGUCUUCAGCAACUUCCGCAAGUAGAGGCUCUCGCGGAUCAGGCUAGACGACGAACGCCAGUAGACACAACUUUACGACCCUACUUCCAAAGUUUUAAGCAAGAGGAGCCACUAUGGCGCACUCUGGUCUGCAACAAGGACAAAGGAGGGACCAAUCCUGCACCUAUAUUUUACGAGGACACGUACGAAGUUCUCCGAGGGAGGCGUGACGCGUCCCCGGAGUAUGCAGAGAGAGGACAGGAAGGCAUGGAUCAAUUCAUUCAAGACUAUAGCUGGAGGCUGCGGAAUAUUCUUCCCAGUCGUGCUUUCUUCACAACGGAGAGCGGAUUCGUGGGUAUCGGAAUGCCAGAGACGAGGAAAGGAGAUCUCGUUACUAUCUGGUUUGGGGCGCCGGUCCCGUUUGUGGUCCGCCCUCGCGAGGAGAUUUACAGUCUGGUGGGAGUUGCCUAUGUUGCUGGGAUAAUGGAUGGGGGGAUGGUUGAUGAGCUUUACUGUGAGGAUCUGGUGGACUCAAAGAGCUUUUUGGUUCAGUAG